AUGCAGGGAGAAGACCUGACUCCAACAUCGGCUACAGAGCUGCAGCCUCAGGAAAACAGAGGAAUGUGGAAAUCUCCCUGUGUAAGUCCACGCCGUCUGUCAGACAUCAGCCCUCAGCUUCGACAGUUAAAGUUACUGGUGGUUGAGGAAGAAAUAAAGGAGGAAUUCAAGUCUUCGCGCUCGAUGGAGGAUAUAAAACACGCGUCUAUAGAGGAGCGCAUCCUCAGAAUCACCGGCUACUACGGAUACCAGCCCUGGAGCUCCACUAACACUGUUGAGGAAAAAACAAGCAAAGAGAGGACAGAUGUGAAGGUUGAUGGCCACGCUGGCACAAACGUGAGAAAGUUGGAGGGUUUGAGUAGGCAGCAGAGUAUACUUUGCUGCCUGUGUUGGACUUUUAUUCACCUGCGCCAGGCCGUCUGGGGCGUUACUGUGGUUCUCUGUGCCUGUUCGUCUUGGUCAGGCUCUACUCAGCUGGCCAAGCAAACACUCAGGCAGAUAAACAUACCAUUUACACUUACUUGGUUUUCCACCUCCUGGAACUGCAUCUUUUUCCCCCUAUACUAUCUGGGGCACCUGUGCUGCAACAAGGACAGAAAGAGCUUUCGACAGCACUUCAGGGAGUGUUCUCAGUUUCUGGGAGAGGAGGGGUUGUCAAUGAAGACACUGCUGUCAUUGGUUGCUCCAUCUGGAGUGCUGUGGACUCUCACAGGCUACCUGUACCUGCAGGGCCUGCGCAGGAUACCUCCAACAGAUGCAUCAGCUCUGUUCUGCUGCAGUCGUGCCUUCGUCUUCCUCAUAUCCUGGAUUGUACUGCGUGACCGCUUUAUGGGUAUCAGGGUUGUUGCAGCCAUUUUGGCCAUUGCAGGCAUAGUAAUGAUAACUUAUGCAGAUGGCUUCCGUGGUCACUCUGUGAUUGGCAUUUCACUGGUGGUAGGAUCUGCAUCAACAGCAGCUAUGUACAAGGUAUUGUUCAAGCUCGCUUUGAGUAGUGCCAAACUGGGUGAAGCAGCAUUGUACUUGUCUGUCCUUGGAGGAGCCAAUAUGCUCUUUCUCAGCAUUGUGCCUCUCAUUCUCCUCCUCACUGGGGCAGAGGAUUUUGGCUCACCUAAAGAAAUACCCUGGCACAGUCUUUGUGGCAUGGCUGCACUUAUGCUGGUGAUCAAUUUCCUCAUCAGUUUUGGAGUUUUGAUUACUCUUCCUACACUGAUUUCUUUGAGCAUCGUACUCAGUGUACCUGUCAAUGCAGUAAUAGACCGCUACAUGUGUGCGAUCCAGUUUAACAGUGUGCGGAUCAUUGCUGUGUCCACUAUCUGCCUGGGUUUCCUGUUGCUGCUGCUGCCUGAUGACUGGGAUCAGUAUUUUCUGCAGCUUCGCGCCAUGCUGAGCAACAAAAAGAAACCACAAGAGGGCAGCAUAAACAAACAUACUGAAGCACUGCACAUAUGGUCCAGCAAGAGUGGAAACUGCAAUUCUAAAACUGCUUCCAUGCACUAACCUGCAAUUUUAUUUAGAUUACAAUAUAAACUCUCAGUUAGAGUGAUGCAACAACUUCCUCAGAGAAAGGUAAACAAAAAACGUGCUGUUAUGGCUGUCCUGGGAACAGUAAUUCCAUCUGUAAAACACUUGUUUUUUGUUUUUCCCACAUUUUACGAAGGUUGAAAUAACAAUUAACAUACAGUAAAAUACUACAACAGAAUAUUGAAAAUUAUAUCAUGUUCUAAUUGCUGUUUUUGACAGGAUAUAAUAACUAUAAUAAUAUAAUAACCUCUUGAGCUGUGUUGCCUACAUCCUACCUAGGAAGCUGCAUAAGCAGAGAGGAUUCUAAUAAGACAUCAAACUUAUACAGCAGAUUAUGAAGACGCUCUAGUUAGACAGUGGCUACGUCAUCAGCUGUCCCCUCCCACCGCCGUAAGUUUAUCUUGCUAAUGCCAAGUUCACACUACACAACUUUCCAAGUCGUCAGGUCGCUGUACAGUUCACACUACACAACUGGAUCUCUUGUAAUCGGGAGUCUUUCA